CUCAAAACUUCAUCAGAAAAUCCACCCCCAGAUUCAUUCCAUUCAAUUCAAUCCUUGAGAGAGAAAGUUAAACCCAAAAACAACCUACAUUUUCUAGACAAAGAUAUUUCAAUUUUAUAAACCAAUUAAAUAGGCAGAAUACCCAUCUCAAAGUUUCAAUAUUUUUUUCCCCACAUUUUAUCAAAGUUUCAAUCUUUUUGACAUUUGUAUCAAAUCCCAAUCUUCAAGUUUUGAUCUUUCUUCAAUUUAGCAUCAUGGGUUCUAUUAAGAACUAUGAUGCAUUAUUAUUAUUCAAAAAAUUUAUAGUCAUAAUCUUUAUUACAUUCAUUAUUUCAAGUGAAGAAGCAUUAUCAAGAAACACCCAAAACACACAAAUAAACUCAAACUCAGUACUUGUUGCACUUUUGGAUUCACACUAUACUGAACUAUCUGAGCUUGUUGAAAAAGCACUUCUUUUACAGACAUUAGAACAAGCUGUUUCUAAUCACAAUAUCACCAUUUUUGCACCAAAUAAUGAAGCUUUAGAGAGACAAAUGGAUCCUGAGUUCAAAAGAUUCUUACUUCAACCCGGUAACCUCAAAUCUUUACAAAAUCUUUUGCUUUUUCACAUCAUUCCUUUUCGGGUCGGUUCUAAUGACUUCCCGGGUCAUGUUUCUGAUAAAUCUGUCACCACCCAUUUCAAAACCCUUUGUGUUGAUGGUUCCGACAACCAUUUGCCGUUGACCCGCGAAAAAUCCGGCGAAAAAGUUGUCGGCGGGCUAGCUAAACUGACCCGACCCGAUGAUAUAACCCGACCCGACGGGUUGAUUCAUGGGAUUGAAAGAUUACUAGUACCCAGAUCCGUUCAAGAAGAAUUCAACAAGAGAAGAAGCUUAGUAUCCAUAUCUGCAGUUUUACCCGAAGGAGCUCCGGUUGUGGAUCCGAGAACUCACCGUUUGAAAAAACCGGCUGCACCAGUACCAGCCGGUUCACCACCGGUUCUACCGGUUUACGAUGCAAUGGCACCGGGUCCGUCACUAGCUCCAGCACCAGCGCCUGGACCUGGAGGUCCACGUCAUCACUUUGACGGUGAAAGUCAAGUAAAAGAUUUUAUACAAACAUUACUACAUUAUGGUGGAUACAAUGAGCUAGCUGAUAUAUUAGUCAACUUAACGUCGUUAGCAACGGAAAUGGGAAAGUUAGUUUCUGAAGGUUAUGUUUUAACGGUGCUAGCCCCAAAUGAUGAAGCAAUGGCAAAACUAACGACGGAACAGUUAAGUGACCCGGGUGCGCCCGAACAAAUAAUGUAUUAUCAUUUAAUACCUGAAUAUCAGACGGAAGAAAGUAUGUAUAAUUCUGUUAGAAGAUUCGGUAAAGUACAAUAUGAUACAUUGAGGUUACCUCAUAAGGUUUUGGCACAAGAGGCUGAUGGGUCAGUCAAGUUCGGGUCGGGUGACGGGUCGGCUUAUUUGUUUGACCCGGAUAUUUAUACUGAUGGACGAAUAUCGGUUCAAGGCAUUGAUGGAGUGUUGUUACCGGAAAAUGAAGAGAAGACGGAAAAAAAGGACACGGCGACGGCCGUUAAGGUUGUUGCUAAGCAAAGAAGAGGGAAAUUAUUGGAAGUAGCAUGUUCAAUUGCUGGAACAUUUGGACAUUUUACAAGUUGUAAUUGAUAUAUACAUACAUAUAUAUUAUGCCAAAAAAAAGUUUAAAUUUUAGGAAAAACUGUGUGGAAAAUAGGACAUAAAGGGAAGCCAAUGAUGCAGUUUGGCAUUGAAGGAAGUUUCCCCAGAGAAUCAGAUCCCUCACAUGAGAACAAACUUUCUUUUUUUCUUAUAAAUUUUUUAAAUAAUUUUCAUAUAUUUUUUUUCUUCUUGAUGGUGUUAUUAUAAAUAUACUGUAAUUAGCAAAAAAUGUUUUUUUUCCCUAUGUAUUUAUGCUUGAUUUUUGAGGAAAUUGUAUUUGCCCAAGUAUGCGAAUCUUGUUGCACAAUCAUAUUCCGCAAGGAAGAUAUUGAUAUGAGGAUUGAUUUUGAUUUUA